GUGUGUGUGUGUGUGUGUGUGUGUGAGAGAGUGUGUGUGUGUGUUUGUGAGUGUCAAAGUGUGUGUGUAAGCUGCCUCCUCUCGUGCUGCUGACGACAGACUGCCAUCGGGAUUACAAAAAAACUAGAAAUAUAAAAACCCUCCGGGAGAACCGUGACCCUGCAGCGGGACUCCCUCUGUCACCUGUCCGGGUUCAGAGCUCUAACCCCGGGUACGAUAUGAGCCAGCCUCGGCCGGACGAGUUCCAGCCUCCUCCGGAGUGCCCGGUGUUCGAGCCGAGCUGGGAGGAAUUCAGAGACCCGUACUCUUUCAUCAAUAAGAUCCGACCCAUCGCAGAGAGAACCGGCAUCUGUAAGGUCCGGCCGCCCCCGGGUUGGCAGCCCCCGUUUGCUUGUGAUGUCGACAGACUUCACUUUGUUCCUCGGAUCCAGAGGCUCAACGAGCUGGAGGCGCAGACCAGAGUCAAACUCAACUUCCUGGACCAGAUUGCCAAGUUCUGGGACCUGCAGGGAUGUGCCCUGAAGAUCCCGCAUGUGGAGAGGAAGAUCCUGGAUCUGUACAAGCUCAACAAGCUGGUGGCGGAGGACGGAGGCUUCGACCUGGUCUGUCUGGAACGCCGCUGGACAAAGAUCGCGAUGCAGAUGGGAUUCGCCCCGGGGAAGGCAGUGGGGUCUCACCUGAGAGGACACUACGAGAAAAUCCUGUACCCCUACAACCUGUUCCAGAGCGGAGCCAACCUGCUGGCUCCAGAGACAGCUUCCAAACUGAAGCUUUGUUUGGAGGCUGAUCCUGAACUGGAAAAGUGUGUUCAGAAGCAGCCGGCGGAGGGGACAGGAAGUGACAUCACGGACACGAAGGAGGUCAAGCUGCAGACCCCCCCGACCUCCCCCAACAACACACACACCGCACGCAGAGCCAAACGCAUGAAGUGUGAGGCCGUCUGCGUGAAGACUGAACCCGGAGAACCCGGAGACAACAAACCCAACCUGAGGAGGAGGAUGGGAUCCUUCGUCGCCAAACAGGAACCAGAAAAAGAGAUUCCCAUCCUGGUGAAACAGGAGCCCGUGGAAAUCGUACAGCCGGUCAUUGAAGACAAAUCCAAGGCCCGAUACAAGAAACCCUCCCCUCCAGUUCUCCCCAGUCCACCGUCCUGGCUCUCCCCCUCUGUCCUGCAGGUGGACCUGGUGGUGUGUCUGGUUUGCGGCAGCGGGGGGGAUGAAGAGCGCCUCCUGCUGUGCGACGGCUGCGACGACAGCUACCACACCUUCUGCCUCAUCCCCCCCCUGCCCGACAUCCCCAAAGGAGACUGGAGGUGCCCCAAGUGUCUCGCUCAGGAAUGCAACAAACCUCACGAGGCGUUCGGCUUCGAGCAGGCGUACAGAGAUUACUCUCUACGCGCCUUCGGACAAAUGGCCGACGCCUUUAAAUCAGAUUACUUCAACAUGCCGGUUCAUAUGGUCCCCACGGAGCUGGUGGAGAAAGAGUUCUGGCGGCUGGUGGGAGCCAUCGAGGAGGACGUCACCGUGGAGUACGGAGCUGACAUCGCCUCCAAGGAGUUCGGCAGCGGAUUCCCCAUUCCCAACGGGAAGUUCAAGGUCUCCCCAGCUGACGAGAAAUACCUGCAGUGCGGCUGGAACCUGAACAACCUGGCGAUGAUGAACCCGUCGGUGCUGACCCAUGUGACGGCGGAUAUCUGCGGCAUGACGCUGCCCUGGCUCUACGUCGGGAUGUGCUUCUCCUCCUUCUGCUGGCACAUCGAGGACCACUGGAGCUACUCCAUCAACUACCUGCACUGGGGGGAGCCUAAGACGUGGUACGGCGCCCCGGGCUUCGCAGCGGAGCAGCUGGAGGAGGUGAUGAGGAAGCUGGCUCCGGAGCUGUUCGAGUCUCAGCCCGACCUGCUGCACCAGCUGGUCACCAUCAUGAACCCGAACACCCUCAUGGCUCACGGAGUCCCCAUCUACAGAACGAACCAGUGUGCGGGGGAGUUCGUCAUCACGUUUCCUCGAGCGUACCACAGCGGCUUCAAUCAGGGAUUCAACUUCGCCGAGGCCGUCAACUUCUGCACCGUGGACUGGAUGCCUCUGGGCCGGCAGUGUGUGGACCACUACCGCCUGCUGCACCGCUACAACGUCUUCUCCCACGAUGAGAUGGUGUGCAACAUGGCGACCAAAGCCGGGACGCUGGACGUGGUUCUGGCCUCGGCCGUGCACAAAGACAUGGUGUCCAUGAUCCGGGAGGAGCAGGAGCUGAGGGACAAGGUCAAGAAGAUGGGCGUGGCUCUGCUCACAGAGGCGAGGUACGACAACCUGCAGGACGACGAGCGCCAGUGCUCCCGCUGCAGGACCACCUGCUUCCUGUCUGCGCUCACCUGUCCCUGCAGCCCGGGGGUCCUGGUCUGCCUGCACCACAUCAAACACCUGUGCUCCUGCCCCGUCUCCAGAUACACUCUCAAUUUCAGGUACACACUGGACCAGCUGCUCCCCAUGAUGGAGGCAGUGAAGCAGCGGGCGGAGCUUUACGAUGCCUGGGCCUCGAAUGUCUCCGAGACUCUGGAGGCCAAACUGGAGAAGAAGAAAGGUCUGCCUGUGUUUCGCUCCCUCCUCUCUCAGUCGGAGUCCAAACUGUUCCCGGACAACGACCUCCUGCGGCGCCUCCGCCUCGUGGCUUCAGACGCAGAGAAAUGUUCCGCUGUGGCUCAGCAGCUGCUCAACGGCAAGAGGCAGACCAGGUACCGCUGUGGAAACGGGAAAUCGUGCAGCCAGCUGACGGUGGAGGAGCUCAGGUCGUUUGUGAGGCAGCUCUACAAUCUGUCCUGCAGCCUCCCUCAGGCCCCCAAGCUCAAGGAGCUCCUGAACCGCAUCGAGGACUUCCAGCAGCACAGUGAGAAGGUUCUUUCGGACGAGCGGCCGAGCGUGGCGGAGAUCCAGAGUCUGCUGGACGUCAGCUUCGACUUCGACGUGGACCUACCUGAGCUGCCUAGGCUGCGUGAGCUACUGGAGCAGGCACGCUGGCUAGAGGGGGUCCAGCAGGCCGGGAACCAGCCCCUCAGCCUGGAGACCAUGAGGAGGCUCAUCGACCAGGGGGUCGGCCUCACGCCUCACCCCUCCGUGGAGAGAGCCAUGGCCCGCCUGCAGGAGCUGCUCACCAUCUCCGAGAGCUGGGAGGACAAAGCCAGCAGCCUGCUGAAGGCCAGACCCCCCCACUCCAUAGAGAUCCUCUCUGCUGCAGCUGAGAAGGCGAUGGUGGUCUCGGCUCACCUCCCAAACUGCCUCCUCCUGAAGGACUCCAUCAGGAGGGCCAGGGAGUGGCUGCAGGAGGCCGAGGAGAUCCAGGGGGGCGACUGCAGCCCGAUGGUGGAGCGUCUCUCGGACCUGGUGCUCAGGGGUCAGGCGGUUCAGGUUCACCUGGAGCCUUUAGACCGGCUGGAGUCUCUGCUGCUGGAGGUUCAGGCCUGGAGAGAGUCUGCUGCGGCGGCCUUCCUGCAGAGAGGAUCCACGCUCUCCUUACUGGAGGUUCUGUGUCCGAGGUGUGAAGUCGGGAAUUCAGGAUCCCCGAAGAGGAAAGCUAAGAAAGGGAAAGAGUCGCCGAAAAGCCACAAGAAGAAAACGCCGUGUCUGAACUCGCUGAGCGACGUGGAGAAAGCUCUGUCGGACUCCAGGGACUCGAACGCAGCAAUGUCGACUCUGGAGGACCUGCGUCUUCAGGAGCUGGACUCUCUCUCAGUCCUGCGGGCGGCCAACGAGUCAAAGCUCCUCCCUGCAGCCGACUGCAGCGACCUGAAGGUGUGUGUGUGUCAGAAGCCCCCCAUGGGAGCCAUGCUGCAGUGUGAGCUGUGCAGAGACGCCUUCCACUCGGUGUGCUGCGUCAGGGACCCCCCCGACCCCCAGCCGGAUCCCCAGCCGUGGCUCUGCGUUCGAUGCCGGCGCUCGGAGAAGCCCCCCCUGCAGACGGCCGCGUCGCUGCUGGCCUCGCUCCGGCGGCUGCCUGUGCGGCUGCCAGAGGGCGAGGCGCUGCAGCACGUCAUGCAGCGAGCGAUCGGCUGGCAGCAGCGAGCGCAGCAGGUCUGUGACCUACAUCAGCACAGAGCCGGGACCCCCCCCCACCCUCACCAGCUGGGCACAGGGAGGCCACCCCCCCCACAACGACUCCCAGGCUCCCUGUCUGACUCCAGAGUGGAACCAGAACGGCCAGACCCAGACCGUCUUCUACACCCAGACCAGAUGCAUCCCUCUGCAGGGCCUGAGUCUGGACCUGGAGGAGCUGAUGGUGGAGGGGCUGCUGCUGCAGGUCUCCCUCCCCGAGGUGCAGAAACUCUUCCACGUCUUACUGGACCGAGCCAGCAGCACGGACCGCCUCACGCCCCUCCCACAGAGCACCGACACACACACACAGUUUCACUCUCAGGAAAACCCUCCCAGCCAGGACUCCCUGCUGGGCUCGGAGAAGAAGGCGAAGCGCCUCCUGGAUCUGGAGGCUCUGGAGGCGCUGGAGUCGGAGCGGCGUCUGAAGAACAAGAAGCCGGCUCACAAACGGCAGAAGACCAACAGGAAGCGCCCGGCCUCCACCUCCUCCUCCCCCCGAUCGGACUUCUCCCAGUCCGACUCUGAGGAGGAGAUGGCCGUCUGUCCUGCGGAGAGCUGCCAGCUGCCGGAGGGAGACGAGGUGGACUGGGUGCAGUGUGACGGCAGCUGUAACCAGUGGUUCCACCAGGUGUGUGUGGGCGUGACGGCAGAGACGGCGGAGAAGGAGGACUACAUCUGUGUGAGGUGUUCACGGAGCAACACACACUCCAGGAAAUGAAGACAUACCCCCUCACACACACACACACACACACAGCUCCUCAGUCCUCCCUUUUGUAACAACGGUGCUAUCUCUCCUCUUUGACUUGUUGUCCAGAAUUCUAAUGUUUAGUUAUUUUUUGUAUUUUUACAUAUAUAAAUAUUAUAUAUAUUUCCUUCUUCCUGAGAACUGUUUGUGGUUGUCUUUAAAAAAAAAUGAAGUGUGCUGCAUGGGAGUAAAGGAAUCUGGGGGGGGGGGGGGUAUUAUCCUGCAUGUUAAACAGAGCCGACAGAAAUCCCACGUUUCGUCCCCUUAAUAAAAAAGCUGUUUUUGAGACCCCGUGUUUAGUAUCUUAAUAUAAUUACUAUCCUUUUUGUAGAGUAGGUUUAUUUAUCGGAGCAAUAACUCGUCUCGUCUCAACGGACUUUUAUGGCUUGAUCUCCGCAGCGCUGUGACAGUGCUCUAACUGAUGAUGAUGAGGAUGAAGGUGUAGGAUACUGUGGGGAUUGUUAGCUGGAGAUGUUACAGGUUUAUAUUGUGGAAUAAAGCCUUUUGUUCUAUG